AUGGGUGUAAACGGCCUUUGGACGGUGAUACAGCCUUGCGCUCGACCGACAAACCUUGCCACCUUGAACCGUAAACGUCUCGCCGUCGAUGCAUCGAUUUGGAUUUACCAAUUCCUAAAGGCCGUCCGCGACAAAGAAGGAAAUGCUCUACGCAACUCUCACGUUGUCGGUUUCUUCCGGCGCAUAUGCAAGCUGCUGUGGUUCGGCAUCCAGCCUGUCUUCGUCUUCGAUGGUGGCGCACCUGCCUUGAAACGCCAGACUAUUACGAGCCGGAAGCAGAGACGGGAGGGCAGGAGAGAGGAUGCGGUCCGCACGGCUGGCAAGCUGCUGGCCGUGCAGAUGCAGCGCAUGGUUGAAGAGGAGGGUGAGAAGCGUCGGCGGAAAAGAGAGCGUGAGGAGCAGGGGAGACCUGAUGUAGAAGAGCCUGCUGAGGAGAUCCCGGAUGUCGAAAAUCUGGUCUACUAUGAUGAGUUACAAAUGACAGCAGACGAACGGAAAAAGAAAAGGAAAUUCUACAAGCAGGAUGCUUAUCACUUGCCAGAGCUAGAGGGUGGUAUCGAGAACAUGGGCCAGCCUGGCGACCCGCGUAUUAUGAGUAUCGCAGACUUGGAGGAGUACGCGAGGCAGUUUAACAGUGGUGAAGAUAUCAAUAUUUACGAUUUUAGCAAGAUUGAUUUCGAGGGCGAGUUCUUCAAAAGUCUACCUCCUGUCGAUCGGUAUAACAUUCUCAAUGCAGCGAGAAUACGGAGCCGACUAAGAAUGGGCCUGAGCAAAGAGCAGUUGGACGCCAUGUUCCCCGACAGGAUGGCCUUCUCCCGCUUCCAGAUUGAAAGGGUACGGGAGAGAAACUAUCUGACUCAAAGGCUCAUGCAAGAAGCCGGCAUGACCGGAACUGACCUUACGUUGGCUAAAAAUGCCCGUAUAGCCGGCGAGAAGGACCGCGAAUAUAUUCUUAUUAAAAAUGACGGAGCCGAGGGUGGAUGGGCUCUUGGUGUUGUCAGCAAAGACAAAGACCUUGGCGAAAUACAUAAGCCCAUUGAUGUUGACGCUCUGGAUUUCCAAUACCAGACUAAGGAAGAAGAGGAGGACGAAGACGAGGAGGAUUUUGAGGACGUUCCUAUAGAAGGCUUAAACCGACUACCAAAAGUCCAGCACAGCCAGGAAAAUACUCUUGUUGAUAUUGAGGAUGAAGAAUCACUUUUUGUUGGACGUAAUAUGGCAAACGUUGAUGACCUCUUCCAGUCUCUGGAUGGAGAUGAUGUCCUUUUAAACGAUGAAGAAGAGGAUCUUAACCGAGCUAUUGCUAUUUCUCUUAAAAAUCAAUAUGAAAACCCUUUAGCAGGACAAGAAGAGCAGGAGGAGGAAGAGGAAGAAUUUGAGGAUGUCCCGGCGCCGGCGCCCGAAUGGACUCAGAAAGCCGUCGAUCAGCAACCAAAACCCAUAAGUUCUACCAGUGGCAGUGCAAUUGCGCAUAUUGUGAAUCACAGAGCCAUCGCAUCUAUACCGAAGCCCAUGCCUGAGCGACAGGGCAACGAUGAGAGUAGCGAUAGCGAAGUUGAUCUUCGGGCUGCUCUGAUUUCUAAGAGAAAGAAGAAAGCCCCGGUCUUUAAGCAACAGGCUGCGCCCACAUUUCCAAAUGUGAAGAAUCCAUUUGAUGGGCCGUUGCCUUUUGAAAAGUUGGAUUGGAAAUCUAGUAUUUUUACACAGGGCAACCAAGCGCCUGCCAAGAUGCCCCAAAAGGAGACCGAAAAAGGACAAGAUCUCGAUGAAUUCGCUGGUGGGUUCAUCCGAGAAGAUGAAGAUGAGAAAGAGCAGGACGGCAUAGCUCAAGAAAACGAAGCCGCUCGUCCGCUACCGCCAUGGAUGGUACAGGACGAAACAGACAUUCGUGAGGCUUUGAAAGUUCAACGAGAAAUCGAGCAUGAGAUUAAUGAACAAGAUCGGGAAGCUGCACUUAAAGAGGAAAGGAGGCGCCGCAAGGAUGCAAUCAUCGAGAUCGAAUCAUCUGAUGAUGAGAGCGAUGUUCAAUUUAUUGACGCUCCUUUACAGACUCGUCAGAAAAGUCCCGUUGUUGUGGAAGAAACCGGAGCUACUCCAAGAUUAUCUCCUGCCACCUUGACAAAGGUCAAUCCUCCAGUUACUGAUGAAGAAGACCAGUUUGGGACUACUCCUCAAGCAAAGGCAAAGGCGAUGAAUGAUAAUGUGUCUAGCCCAAAACCAAGGCUAUCUUCACCAGAACCAGAUUUCGAAGAGGUUGAAAUCCCGCAACCGGCAGAACUCAGUGUCACUGUUGACCGGGAUGAAUCUCCAGAGCCGACAUUUGAAGAUGUUGAGAUGCCUGCCCCAGAAACCAUAGAGCAGCCCAAUGCAUCAGAAACUACGGCCGAAGCUGCUGAUGGUGUGAUUUUUGGCGACGCCGAAUUCAAUGAUGAUGAAUUCAGUGACCCCGAGGAAGAAGAGCUACUCGCUCAAAUGGCAGAAGAAGCCGAAGAACAUGCACGUUUUGCUAGUCAGCUGAAUAACAAGUCCGAGAAAGAAAACCAAGAAGCCUACGAGCGGGAACUGAAAGCACUGCGGUCGCAACAGAAGAAAGACCGACGAGAUGCGGACGAAGUGACACAAAUCAUGAUUACCGAAUGUCAAGCUCUAUUGCGCUUCUUCGGCAUCCCGUACAUUACCGCGCCAAUGGAAGCCGAAGCGCAAUGUGCCGAGUUGGUGAGACUUGGCCUUGUGGAUGGUAUCGUGACGGACGACUCGGAUACCUUCCUCUUCGGUGGCACGCGGGUGUACAAGAACAUGUUUAAUAGUAAUAAAUUUGUCGAAUGCUACCUCGGCAGCGACCUGGAGAAGGACCUCUCGCUCUCCCGCGAACAGCUCAUCUCCCUAGCCCAACUUCUCGGCUCUGACUACACGGAAGGCCUACCUGGCGUCGGACCCGUAACCGCCGUCGAGAUCCUCUCCGAAUUCCCGGGCAAGGACGGGCUCACGCAGUUCAAGGAGUGGUGGCAGGACGUCCAGGUCAACAACCGCCCCAAGGAUGCCGACCAAUCCUCCACCUUCCGCCGCAAGUUCCGCAAAGCCCAGUCCACAAAGCUGUUCCUGCCCUCUGGGUUCCCGAGCCCCGCCGUCUACGACGCCUACCUCAAGCCCGAGGUCGACAGCGACGCCGACCCCUUCCAGUGGGGCGUCCCCGACGUCGCGGGCCUCCGCCAGUUCCUCAUGAGCACCAUUGGCUGGAGCGAGGAGCGCACGGAUGAGGUCCUGGUACCCGUCAUUAGGGAUAUGAACCGUCGCGAGGCCGAGGGCACGCAGAGUAAUAUCACGCGCUAUUUUGAGGGCGGAGUGGGCGUCGGCGCGAAGGCGAAGGAGGUGUUCGCGCCGAGGGAGAAGGUCAAGGGGAGUAAGAGGAUGGCGCAGGCUGUUAGUAAGCUCCGCGCGAAUGCGGCAGGUGGGAGUGGGGGUGCCGGUGCCGGUGCCGGUGCGUCUGUUGCGGAGGAUGCAGGGCUAGCGCCGGCGAGGAAGAGGAAGGCCGGAGAUACGAUUACGAUUAAUGAUGAUGAUAAUGAUAUUGACGACGACAAUGAAGAAGGGGAAGGAGAAGAUGGUGAUUAUUUACACCAAAGUGGCGAGGGCACGGGUAAGGGGAAAGGCAAGGGUGUUCAAAGGGGCGCUGGUAAGCAAAAGGGUAAUGGGAGGGGUAGGAAAGGGGGGAAGAGGGCGAAGGCUCAAGCUUAA